GAAAGGGUGCGAGCGGAGAUAUUAGCCAGGAGCUGGUGUGCUCCAGUGUCCUGAAGACCGGUCUGCUCGCUGAUUCCUGACCCUGGCCAGAUGUUAUGAUGGCUGAAAGGCAGGUUUUGUUUUCUUGCGACCGUGUUUGAACGUUAGAUUUCGGGGCGUUCACGGAAGGUAUUCUGACUUCACAUGAAGGUAUUCUGACCUCACAGUGAACUGAGGGCAAGUGCAGCAGGAUUAAGGGAGCAGGACACAGAACGAGAUACCUGGGGGUCAUCUGUAACUCCCCAGGGUGUUAUUUGACAAGACAGGAGUAUUUUCCCCGCUGCCAAUGCGCGCUUUCUGAAUACAAGCUGGGAACACGUUUGAAUUUCCCUGACUCUGACCCUACAAACGUUGGCAGCUGUCUGUGGGGGGAAUCUCCCAGAGGACAGUCAGCCUGAUGCCUGUGCAAAGAGCCUACUAAUCCUCCAACCGAGUGAUCACCUGUCACCCGGAAAGGCUGCCGUCAGCAGAUGGAGGGGGCGAUAAGGAAAAGAUGAAGAAAGAGAAGUGCGCGGAAGACAAAAUGAUAACCAGGGAGAGACACUGUCCCGAGGAGCAGGACUGGAAAGAUGCUCCCGGCAACAAAUUCUCUCGCACUGUGAAGAAACACCAGCAUAAACACAACCUGAGGCACAGAUAUGAGAUCCUGCAGACACUGGGCAAGGGAGCCUAUGGCAAAGUCCAGAAAGCACAGGAGACAGCGACCGGCAGGACGGUAGCUAUUAAAUCUGUGCGAAAGGAUAGGUUUCAAGAGGAACCGGAUCGGAUCCACAUCCAGCGGGAAAUGGAAAUCAUGUCGUCUCUUAACCACCCUAAUAUCAUACGCAUUUAUGAAGUGUUUGAAAAUAAGGAUAAGAUUAUAAUUGUAAUGGACUACUGCAGUAAUGGCGAAUUGUAUGAUUAUGUAAAUGAACGUCGUAGGCUGUCUGAGAAUGAAGCACGCAGAGCUUUCAGGCAAAUUGUCUCAGCAAUUCACUACUGUCACAAGAAGGGAAUUGUGCACCGUGACCUUAAACUAGAAAACAUUCUCCUGGAUGAAAACUUUAAUGUGAAGCUUGCUGACUUUGGUUUAUCAAACGCGUAUCAUAAGGAUCAACUGUUGGAGACGUACUGCGGAAGUCCUCUUUAUGCCUCACCUGAAAUAGUGAAUGGAUUUCCAUAUCAAGGACCUGAGGUUGAUUGCUGGGCCCUGGGAGUUCUGCUAUAUACACUGGUGUAUGGAACAAUGCCAUUUGAUAGCAGGAGUUACAAAACUUUAACACAGCAGAUCAGUUGUGGAGAAUACAAGAAACCUCACCAGACUUCUGGUGCCUGUGACCUGAUUGACUGGAUGUUAUCAGUGGACUCAGACAAACGUGCGACAAUUGAAGAUAUUGCAAACCAUUGGUGGGUCAACUUGGGUUAUGACACAUCUGUUUGUGACUGUAUUUCUGCAAAAGACUGUCACUCACCACUGCCGGCCUGUUAUAUUGACUGGCAAACCAGGGAAGGGUGUGCAAAUCAAAGGAUUAAAGAAGCUAAAAAUGUACAAGCCAUUGAGAGUACUGGGCAUGAGGUUUCUACUCAUAUAACAGGGGAUGGGCAAAUGGUUUGUUUAAAGAAGUCAAAGAAAGAAAAAGAUAUGACACAACCACAACAAGAUGUGAAAUUGCAGAAACCCAUGUCCAAAGAUGCAAAGCAAAAACCAAAGGGAAUCCUAAAAUCUAGGAGCAGCUUUGACAAUGAGUUUCUUUCAUCUGCAGACAUGGAUCUGCAACCACAAUGGACUGAAACCAGCAGAACCAUCACAAAACCUAUAAACACGUUUCAGAAGGUGCACACAGUGCAAACUACAGUCUUAACUAGUACACCAAAGAAAGGGAUCCUAAAGAACUCUUACCACAGAGAAUCUGGCUAUUCCUCUUCUCCAGAAGGCAGUGAAGUGAUAGACAGGGAUACAGGUGAAAUUCCUUCCAGAACAUGUGGAAAACAGUCAGAAAUGCCUUCAUCAGGAGAGGUUAAAUACAGGAAAAAGGGAAUUCUGAAACGAAAUGGAAAGUUUUCCAUCAGUCUAGAUCUGCCAGAUGAUUGCUCAUCACUAAAACUUUCUGCUUCAUUAAAGGACCUGAUCUUAUCAAAUGGGAGAUAUCAGAGAAAUGUAAGCCGCCCCUCUAGUGUCAUUAGUGAUGACAGCAUACUUUCUAGUGACUCAUUUGACCUUCUAGAUCUCUCAGCAGAAAGCAAAAGAAGACUCUUUACUCAAAGUAAAUAUGGUAGCAUUUAUAGUUCAGCUUCAGAGGAAGACUUUUUGGAGCUGGAUAACACAGAUAAAGUUGACCCACAAACUGCCAGAAGAAAUGGAAGCUCUGGAAAAGACAAUGUAGGGAGAAUUUUCUCAAUAAUGGAACUUGAAGAUACACAAGAUGUUUAUAAUAAGGCUUAAGAGAUGUGUAAUAACUUAAAGGAAAAGUGAAUGGAUUACAUUUGUGAUUCUCCAUAAACUGUAGCCAAAAAUUAUUUCCAGUGAACCAAUGAGGAAGAUACCCUCAAUGAAGAAUAUCAAGAAAGUGUUAUAGCAAAGUAAUUAAAUGUAUUAUCACUUUUCCUUGAGGAUAAGAGUGUUUCCACUGGAAGUAAGUCCAUGUUUAUGAAAAGGUUAAAAUGUUAAAUGAGAGAUAGUAGGAACUGCAGAUGCUGGAGAAUCCGAGACAACAAGG